AUGCCAGCGGACGCACGACUUCUCGUGCACGCAGGCGCGUCUACCAGCUGGAAAGGCGAUGAUCAGAGUCGAUCGCAGCUCGCGGCCUAUCUGAAAAUCGGUGCAACUCACGUCGCGCGAAGACUGCCCAUGAUAUUACCAGAGUCUGGAUCCGAUGGCGAUGACAACCAUGACCGGCACGAGGCAAUGUCCGACAUCGACAGCGCCGGCCAUCCGGACUCGACGACAUGGAUCGACGACACCCAGCUAGCUUAUACUGCUCUUGAGAGCCAAUUGUACACAGGCUUUUCUGAGCCGGAAGUAUCAGCUUUCGUCGGAAGAAGGUCUGCAUCAGCUGCUGCGUACCCAAGAUCGCAGAUGUCAGAUCAUGUACGAUCAGGGCAAGAUGUGCAACCACGAAGCCAGAACUCAGAGCAGCUCAGCGCUGGUGAUGACGAGCGGCUUUCGAAAAGACCACGGUUGGAGCAAUAUCAUGCAUCGGUCGGUAGCUGGACCGGCUCUUCAAAGAAUGCCUCACCAGCACACGAUGGCCAUACUGGACAGAUGUUCGGAGAUGCAGGUGAAUCUGCAGGCGACACAGCGAUCAGCAACGAGACGACUUCAGAGCUGCCGACUACCUACACUCUCAGUGAUCUUGCGAGCCACGGUCUCAAUGCGCGGCCGCUCUUGACCCAGCGAUCGGCCAGUGAUCCCGGCCCUACUCCCAUCAAUCGUGAAGGGGCGUUAGAUUCCCUCAGGUCGAUCGAAGUAUCGCCAUCCAAACCCGUUCCCGAUAUUUUUGCACCGAAAGAAGCUCUGGAAACGGUGGCGCCUGCUCAGCUGUUCGCCAAGGUGGUUCCACCAAAAGACCCAAAGCUUUUUCUGAAUGCUUCAAGGCUUCAGACCGUCGAAGAGAUGCAGAUGCUGUCGAAUGCUAUCCGACCUUCUCAACCUACCACAUCGCUGGCACGAUAUACCACGCAUAUGAGUCCUGCUCUGCAACAUCUGGCAAAUGAUCCCGGUUUGUCGUCGGCUUUUCGUCCAGUAUCUUCGAGCCGAGCGAUCGAUCCGCUUGAACGCGGCCAUUGGCUCGUUGAGUGUGCAGAAUGGCCUCCAGAGCUGCAAGUAAAGUUUUGGAAGACAUUGGAGACGAUCAUUGGAGAAGGCAACGCCGGCUGGGGAGUUUGGUGCAGUCGGGGCCGAGAGGCACCCAUUACGAUGGCCUCACAACUGCCGACUUCAGUGCAGCCGGAUGAUGCGGCUCAAUUUGGUCCAGUGAGGGUUUUCUGCUGGGGAGAGGUUGUCAAGCACGUCUAUCUAUUGCUGUACGUCGCGAGCUCUAGCAAGGUGCGCAAGCUUGGCUUGCAAUGGGUCGAUGCAGAGGACCUGGUCGUGGUGCAGAUGCAGGGCACCGCUGGCAGUGCAGCGCCUGUUCAUCGAUCGGCUGGCUAG